ACUUCUUGGGCAUUUCUGUUUCGGUGCCAUCCGCGAUCGGUGCACCGUGGCAAGCAAGGCCAAGGCCGUAAAGAGCGCGACACUCACAUAUUAGCUAUUAUAGUUAUUAUUAUUGUUCUCACUAUUAUUACUCUUCGUUGCCAUCGCGUGCUAGUGUUUUCUUCUGGGCGCAACUGUUGCCGAUUGCUCCUACCGAAGAGUCCGAAUCCUUCCGCGAUCGAGCAGAGCUUUGACGACUCCGAAAAAAAAAGAAUAAACGCAGAGAAAAACAAGCAAAGAAAGAUACAUCUGAAAAAUGGAUAAACUUAUUCGACUGUUACUCAUUUUUGCCAUGUCUACGUUUCGCUCUACGUAUGCAAACUACUCAUCGGAAGCAACGCCUCCUGCUCUAGUAAAAAUUCCUUUGAUCCAAGCGCCCCCGUUAUCAGCGAAAAGUGGCGGAACAGGCCCUCCCCUUCCAAUUUUAUCUGAAAGCUGUAACGCGGACAACGUGCACUUUGAACUAGCAACCGGAUAUGUCCUGUCUGCUCCCGGAAAUGUUUUGGAUUCCGUCCCGGGAACUUUAAUGUUGUCAGAUUGUCUUGAAUCUUGCCAAGUAAACGAUUCCUGCAGGGCCGUCAACUACGAGACGGGACUUUGCGUUCUAUUUAGUACCAACGCCGAUGUUAUGCCAGAUGCUCUAGCAAAAUCGCAGUUUCCAGUAUUCACAAUUUACGCUCAGAAAAUGUGCUUAAAAUCACGAUCAUUGCUACCGGCGUGCGAACAAAGAGCAUGGAGUGUCGACAGAGUGCGACAUCACAAGUUAAGCGGAUACGAGAAAAAGCAACAGCCUGCGACUUCACGACUACACUGCGCCGAAUUGUGCAUCAUGGAAGAGGGAUUUCCCUGCAGAUCCGCAAGUUAUAAUGAGAAAACAAACAUCUGCGAAUUGUCUGACAUGGACAGGACGACGUUGAUGGGAAGAAAAAGUUUAGAAAGGGCAGAUGACUACGACUAUCUCGAAAAUAACUGUAUAGAGAAACCUAAGAAAAUGUGCGAGUUCAAGAAGCUACCCAGUCGAAUUUUGAAAACUGUGGAUUCUGUUUAUCAAGAUGUUGGAUCGGUGGACGAGUGCCGCGAACUUUGUUUGUCGUCACCGUAUCGCUGCAGAUCGUUUGACUAUGGAGACACUGGCGAGAUGGUAUGUCGACUCAGCCAUCAUUCGAGAACAACUCUAACAGACAUACAGGACCCUUAUCUCGAUGUACCUGAAGCGACAACAUAUGAGCUGUCAUCAUGUUACAACGUGAGCAUCGAUUGUCGUUCCGGAGACGUGAUGGUACGGAUACAGACCAAUAAAAUUUUCGAUGGAAAGGUUUACGCAAAAGGUAGCCCUAAUUCCUGCGUCCAGGACAUCAACAACAGUCUGGAGUUCGAUUUAGAAAUGGGAUAUGACAACCUAGAGUGUAAUGUGAAGAAACAGGGACUGGGCAAAUACUUCAACGAAAUCGUCAUUCAGCAUCACGACAAGAUUGUAACAAGUUCCGAUUUAGGCCUUGCAAUAUCCUGUAAUUAUGACCUAACGAACAAGAGCGUUUCGAACGAGGUCGACUUAGGUGUCCAAGGAAACUUCGAAACCGUUCUGUCGGAAGACGUAACCGUAGAGUCACCGAAUGUCAUUAUGAAAAUAGAGAGCAGAAGUGGCGAUGACUUAAACAGCGCUUCCGUCGGCGACCCUCUCACGCUCAGGUUCGAAAUCCUCGACCUGGAUAGUCCUUACGAAAUUUUCGUGCGCGAACUGAUAGCGAUGGAUGGUGCCGAUUCCAGCGAGAUAGUACUCAUUGACGCCAACGGAUGCCCGGUGGACGACCUUAUAAUUGGACCAGUUCUCAAGUCUUUGCAGUCGCCGAAGAUAUUGCUCACUCAUUUCGAUGCCUUCAAGUUCCCAUCGUCGGACGUGGUGCAAUUUCGAGCCUUAAUAACGCCCUGCAUGCCAUCGUGCACCCCGGUGCAGUGUCGUCAAGGCGAUGACACCGAGCCGAGGAGUGACAGCCACGCACUUUUGUCUUACGGCAGGCGCCGUAGACGCCGGUCCGUGGACCAAUCCCCACCCAACGACUGGACCCUCGUGCAGACCAUCAAGAUUGUCGACAAACUGUUCGAGAACAACGGCUCGCUGCCCCUUAACGAGGGCGCGUUCGUUUCCACCAAAUUUUUCGGCGUUUGCAUGGAAAGCCAUGAAAUAGCGCUGAGCGGCGCCGUGUUUCUAUUUGCCGAGGCAUUCGUCAUUCUGAUGUGGGCCUUCAUGUGGAAGAGGAAGCAGACUGAUAAACUUCGAGAGCAAUUUGCGCACGGAAUACAAAAGGGAAGUAACGCGAUGAGCAGUUCGAGCGUAUCCGAACUGUACGGGAGCGAUUUCGCGAGAAAUUUUUGAGGAGUUAGAGUGUAACGUUUUUUUUAUGUUUUUGGGACGUGGUACUUCUUGUACAAAUUUAGGACAUUAGGCGUAAGUUUGAUAACAACAGCAAUAUAGGGAUGGACGACGUUAAGUACAGGUAGAUAGAAGCGCUAAUGUAGGUACUUUUAAAUUAAUUACCGUUGUUUCUUAUUAUUUUAUGAGUUUAGCGAAAAAAAUCGUAAAAUUUAAUCAGAAUAUUGGGUUAUUCGAUUAUAUUGAUUUUUCCUGUUAAUCGAAGUACCUACCCGAUUAUUCCGAUUAAUGGUUUCUUCAGAUAAAUCGAGUUUUUCUAUUAAUCGACCGUUGCAAUUAAUCGUAAUAAUUGAUAAUUUUCUUAUAAUCGAUAAUCGAUUGUAAAAUUUAAUAAUAGAUGCUACUCGCAAGUCAAUCAAAAAAAAUUCACAUUCGAGGCAAAGGACAAUGUAACAAUUUAUUUAUUUACUUUCAAUUUUUAUAUUUAGUAUUGUUCGACGAGUUAUUCUUCCUUUAGAUGGUUAUUUUGUUUUCUGUCUUCAAAAAAAUCUUUACAUUAAUUCAUUCUACAUUUUAAAUGUAUUAAUCAACACUAUGAGCAACUCUUUCGAAACAAAGAACGUUUUAUUAAAUUAAUGUAAUUAAAGUAGAUCGUGUCAUAAAUAAUAAUCUUUUCCUAUAAGCGAUUUUAACUUUGUUACGAAUAAAUAUUGUAAAUCCAUCUAUUAUUAAUACCGGACAGCAGCGAAGAUUUGCGGAUGAUCUUUUUAUUAUCUAUCAUCGUGAAUUGACCGCUUGUCCCCACGUCUUCGCUGUUAUAAUUAAUUUAAAAUUUAGUUUAAUUAUU